AUGCCGCAAAACGAGUACAUUGAGUUGGCGCAGAAGCGCUACGGUCGCCGUCUAGAUCACGCCGAACGCAUCCGCAAACGCGAUGCCCGAAAGGCGCACACGCAAGCGAAGCAUCUGCGCACCGUUCGAGGCAUCAAGGCUAAGAUAGCUUCUAAACGGCGCUACGCGGAAAAGGCGGAAAUCCGCAAGAAGAUACGUGAGCAUGAGGAAAAGGAAACAAAGGAGCGCGUGAAGGAGAAGGGGCCCAAGAACGCGCUGCCCAGCUUUCUCAUGGACCGCAGCGAGGCUGACCGUGCAAAGGUGCUUUCCAACUCUUUGAAACAGAAGCGGAAGGAGAAGGCCGGGAAGUGGGCGGUGCCGAUUGAAAAGGUCAAACCCGUCAGCGAGGAUGAAAUGAUGAAGGCCGUUACGUCCGGCAAGCGCGGAAAGAAGUCAUGGAAGCGCAUGGUGAAUAAAGUAACAUUUGUCGGCGAAACCUUCACGCGCCGUAUGCCAAAGCACGAACGCUUCAUUCGUCCCAUGGCUCUCCGUUUUAAAAAGGCUCAUGUGACGCAUCCGGAGCUGAAGGCUACGUUUCACUUGCCUAUCAUUGGUGUCAAGAAGAAUCCACAGGGUAAAAUGUACACUGGACUUGGUGUUAUCACGAAGGGGACAGUGAUUGAGGUGAAUGUCUCGGAUCUAGGUCUGGUUACACCGUCAGGAAAGGUGGUCUGGGGAAAGUACGCGCAGGUAACUAACAACCCGGAGAACGACGGCUGCAUCAAUGCCGUGUUGCUGGUGUAA